AUGGCUGCUGUCCCUACUCCUUCUGCCUCGACUAUUCCCACGCUGGGAGAUAUUUCCAAGAUCCCAUUAGGCACAAUCCCUGGAACUUCGAUUGUGAUCCCCAGAGAGCCUUCUGUUUGGGAAACACACCCGGUUCUUUCACCCUUUAAUGAUCUUUACAACGCGGUGGCGGCCCGGAGGUCCGCUCUCAACCUCUCUAACCCAGGAACCAUGGAGAACCUGACCAAAGAGGUCACCAAGGAUGUAUUCCUUAACAACUACUUUUUCACCGGUCUGCGCGCUGAUUUGUCCAAAUCUUUCUCCAUGAACCCAGCGUUCCAAGUCUCGCACUCGUUCGCUCUCGGCUCCCCCAUGAUGCCUCCCUACGGCUUUGCUGCCUUCUAUGCCACAGACAAUGUCCUUCUUCAGGGUAACAUUGACAACGAGCUGUCUUUGUCGGGCCGUGCCCACUACUCCUUGUCCAAGGGUUCUAUCUUCAAGGCCAAUGCCCAGAUCGCCAAUGGCCAACCUCCUAUGCUCCAACUUGAGCACGACCUCCAGGGCUCCGACUUCACCAUCAACUUGAAGGCUCUCAACCCUUCGUUCCUUGACGGCGUCUUCACCGGUGUUGGUGUUGCUUCUUACCUCCAGUCUCUCACCCCCAAGCUUGCUCUCGGCAUUGAGACGGUCUACUCGGCCCAGUCGGCAUCCCACCCCCCAGAUGCUGCCAUGUCCUUUUCUGGCCGUUACGCUUCUGGUGACUGGAUUGCCACUGGUCAGCUUCAAGGUCAGGGUGCCAUCAACGCCACCUUUUACCGCCGUGUCACUGACAAGGUUGAGGCCGGUAUUGAGGCCUCCAUUGGCUUGACUAACCCCCAGGCUGCUCUUAUGGCUGGUCCUGCUGGCGGUGCUCCCGCUGGCCCUACCAUUGAGGGCACUACCACCAUUGGUGCUAAGUACGAGUUCCGCCAGUCAGUGUUCCGUGGUCAGAUUGAUUCUAACGGUAAGGUUGCUGUUCUGCUUGAACGCCGCGUUCUCCCCGUCCUUUCUAUUCUCUUUGCUGGAGAGAUUGAUCACUCUAAGUCUGCGGCCCGUCUCGGUCUCGGUAUCCAGUUUGAAGCUGGUGGUGAGGAGAUUUAUGCUCAAGGUCCUCCUGACCCCACUUCCCAGGCCCAUCCCCCCAUGUAA